GUCGAUAAGCACAUCAUCACCGACCUUGAAUGGGUGAUCCAUCCUCGAUCGGUUCGCACGUGCUGCCAUGCGAGUCUGGGAAGCGGCUAUGUGCUCAUGUGCGGUCUUCAUAAUCGACGUCAUGUGUGCAACCCAAUCAUCCAGCGCGGGACAACUCGUGUCGGGGUGCAUCUGGGACGGUCGAAGGAAGUCCGCGGGAACACGCGGGUGAUAGCCGAGGUCGCAAUAGUAAGGGGACAUCCUCGUGGCUGGCGAGACGGCGUGGUUGUAGGCUAUCUCCGUGUGGGCAAGAUGGAGAUCCCGCUGCUGGUCGUCACGAACAAUCUUUCGGAGAAUAUCCCCGAGGGUCCUAUUCGUGAUCUCGGUCUGACCAUCAGUUUGAGGAUGGUAAGACGAGGAGAAGCGGAGCUGAGUGCCGUACACCUCGUGGAGCCGUCGCCAGAAUCGGCUGGUAAAGCGCGGGUCACGGUCAGAUAUGAUGCUCAGAGGUAAGCCGUGGUCACGCACGACUCGGUCAAAUACGAUGUCGGCGACCUCACGUGCACUGAUGGCAUAGCGRCACGGAACAAAGCGUGCACGUUUCG